UUAGGCAUUUCCCAUCUCAGUUCCCAAAAUAUUCUCUUUUGCUUGUGGGUCAGAGAGAACCAGCAGCAGCCUCUGUAUCCAUGCUGGCUGAACAGAAGGAUUGCCCAAGCAAUACCGAUGGAGAGAGAGCUGUGAAAAGAUGCAGGAUGGAAGAGACCCACAUCUGUGAAAAAUGUUGUGCGGAGUUCUUCGAGCUUUCUGAUCUUCUUGAACACAAAAAGAGUUGCACUAAAAACCCUCCUGUCCUCAUUAUGAAUGACAGCGAAGGGGCAAUGCCCCAUGAUGGUUACGCAGAGGACUCUCCGGAAGGUGCCGAGGCAGAGCCUCUGGAGGUGCCAACUGUAGACAAUGUUCAGCCAAAGAGUUCCUCUGUGUCUCCGGAAAAGAUGGAAGAGAAAGUAGACUCUGCAAAAAAAACUGUCCCUCAGUCCACUCCUAAGACUAAUGGCCUUGGCUACGUGUCAAAAACAAAGCUGUCCAACACUAAUGUGACUUUACAGACCAUCAAUAGUACUAAAGUGGCUGUUAAUCAACAUGCUGCAGAUGGGGUUGCGACAUCGCAGUCUAACCCCAAUGCUAUCCCGAUGAUCCUUGAACAACUAGUGUGCUUGCAGCAGCAACAAUUGCAGCAGAUUCAGCUAACUGAGCAAAUUCGCAUCCAGAUUGCCAUGAUGGCCCCGAACUCCUUGCAUCCCUCUAUCGCUGCUGCCACAGAUCCGCUUAAGGCUCUUGGUGCACACUUAUCUCAGCAACUUUCUGCAGCUGUUGCUUUGAUUGGCCAGAAAGCUGGAACGCAAAGCCUUUCACUUGAGUCUUUAAAACAGAGCAAGCUACCUCAUUCCACUGUGGCCAUGCCUACUGCUGGUACUGUACCUCUUGCCCUUACCACAUCUCUCCUAAAGCAAGAGCCUAGCUUGGGGCUCUCCACUGCUGUUGGAAGGUUUCCCAACCCUGCCUUACCUCAUUCCCCAGGCACAGUCAUUUUCCAAAAUCCCAUCAAUGCUCUGGAUCCUUCAAAAAAGCUCAAGGGGAAGUUCCCAAGUGUAACAACUCCUGAGACGAAGCCAGGGGGUGAGGACCAGUUCUUUAGGCACAAGUGUAAGUUCUGCGGCAAAGUCUUUGGCAAUGAUAGCGCUUUACAAAUCCAUCUACGUUCUCAUACCGGUGAAAGACCCUACAAAUGUAACAUUUGUGGGAACAGGUUUACAACAAAAGGAAACCUGAAGGUGCACUUCCAGCGUCAUAAAGAUAAGUAUCCACACAUCAAGAUGAAUCCUUACCCUGUUCCGGAGCAUUUGGACAAUGUUCCUACUACAAGUGGAAUUCCAUAUGGUAUGUCUGUUCCGUUGGAUGAGUCUAAUGUAAUUGUGGAUACAAAAUCUGGUGUGGCUGGCCUUCCCAAUGCAACCAACCUCUCAAGCCUUACAGAAACUGUUCUAGGUGCUUUUCCACUUAAUAUGCAGUCUAGGCCAUCUCCUGGUAGUGAAGGGGAGUCUGUUUCUUCUGGUGCUGUAGGUCAGGAGUCUGGCACAGACCAGAGUUUAAACUCUCCCCCUGUGAGCGGAUCAAGUGAACAAGGGUCAGAAACAACUAAGCUUCAACAGCUGGUGGAGAACUUGGACAAGAAUGGAUCAGAAACCAAUGAGUGCUUAAUAUGCCACAGAGUGCUGAGUUGUCCUAGUUCCUUAAAAAUGCAUUACCGCACUCAUACUGGCGAAAGACCAUUCAAAUGCAAGAUCUGCGGAAGAGCUUUCUCAACAAAGAGUAACCUCAAAACCCAUUAUGGUGUUCACAGGGCCAAUACGCCUUUGAAACUGCAACAUUCUUGCCCAAUAUGCCAGAAGAAAUUUACAAACGCUGUAGUGCUGCAGCAACAUAUCCGAAUGCAUAUGGGUGGGCAGAUACCAAACACACCAGUGACUGAAGAUGCCAGUGAUGACCUUGAUAUUGACUCUAUGAUGGAUGAGAAGAAUGGAGAGUUGAACAACAGUUUCACUGAUGAGAACCCUGAUGAUAUCGAUAUGGAAGAUGACGAGUUGGCAGAAAACGCAUCCGGCUCAAAGCCACCAACACCACACAGUGAGACAAGAGCAGAAUCCCCUGCUAUGCCGUUCUCUAGUGGAACAGGCCAGGACAAUCAGGUUGCUUUGCCAUCGGCAUUAAACUUACAAAGGCAAAAUAGUGUGAAAUCAAGUGAAAAUGGUUCUCUGGAAAGUGAUGGAUUGACCAAUGAUUCAUCCUCUGUAGGGGAUCAAGAAUAUCCCAAUGGCAAGAGUCCCACACAGUCUGAAGCCAGAACUUUUUCACCAACCAAUAGCCAGUCUGACAGCAUUGCAUCCAAGUCGCCCCCUUCCUAUAAUGGACUGGAUGACAUAGGGUUGCUGUCAAAGGAUGAGCAUUCUCAGAAUGGCUCCCUAAAUCCUGAUGGGGAUGGUGCCUUGGAUCUAACGAAUGGCGGCUUUACCCGGAAGAUCAAGGAAGAACCAGGUUUACUGCAGAAUGGAGAACUAGGCAGGUCACCUAAUAUGUAUGUAGGUGCCCCACCAGCACUGAUUAAAAUGGAAGUAUCCUCUGAUCGCAUGGCAGGUGCAGCCCAGUUCCUCGGGCCCCCAAACCUGUCGCCGGGACUGACCCCUCUUAUUGUACCUCAGCGACGGUCGGCAAAGCAACAUAUCUGUCACACGUGCGGGAAGAACUUUUCCUCAGCAAGUGCCUUACAGAUCCAUGAAAGGACACACACCGGAGAGAAGCCAUUUGCUUGUACAAUCUGUGGGAGGGCAUUCACCACAAAGGGGAAUCUUAAGGUCCAUGUUGGAACCCACAUGUGGAAUAAUUCUGCUCGGCGAGGAAGACGACUAUCUGUGGAUAACCAAAUUCCUGCAUUGGGAACUGAUGCCAAGAAAGUGGCUGAAAUCUUUCCAAAGUUCAUUGUGCCUCCUACAGUCAGCAUCGACCCUACCAUGUGGAACCAAUAUGCCACAGCCCUUAGUAAUGGCUUGGCUCUGAAGACGAACGAGAUAUCUGUUAUACAGAACAGUGCUGUCCCUGCACUGCCCGUUAGCAAUGGCGUUGCUCCUGUGCUCAGCACGGCUACUGUCACCAAUAUUGACGUAUCUGCCGCGAGUGUUGCCCAGACUUUGCCCGAAAUUGGGGAUUCUGCUGCGGAGAGUGUGCCAAAACACCAGUUUUCACACUUUAUGGAGGAAAAUAUUGCGGUGAACUAAAAUCAAGCAGACGGGCCAAUGUGUAAUGGACAACCAUGGUUUUUACCAUUAGCUGUCAUGAAAUGGUUUUUCAGCAGUCUUUAUAUAUUUUUUUUUUUGUAAUGAUAUUCCUCCGAAAACAAUCGCAACUUCUAAACCAAAACGUGAAAAUUCUCUGACGCAGGCCAUACUGGACAACUAUAAAUACAAAGAGAAAAAAAAGCUGAAAAACUGUGGCAUCCUGUUUCUAAAGGUCAAAUGUUUACUUAGUAAAAACUGUCUGCUGUUGCGUCAGAACUCUUUGAAUGUAAAUUUCUACUUCCACGGUUUAUACUUUGCCGCUGCAUUACCCAUUUUACACUCCUAACAAUCCAGUAUUUAUCUGUCACUGUUGGAAUAACUGUAGAGAACUUGGUGGCUUUGUCACUUAUUUAUUUUUCAUCUUCUCCCUGUUCCCCCAUCUGUUUUUUAUUUUUGCAAUAGGACAUUUGGAGACUGUUGCUUCGCUGUCACUUGGAAUCUAAGAGCAGUAUUAAGUUAUAUCCUGGUUUCCUGACCUUAACCGCACAGACCAAUCGCUUUUCAGCAAAGCCUAGUGAAUUUAUGUUAUCUACCUCAUAACUUUUUAACUUUUUUUUUUUUCCCUCUUCCCUAAAUUCUACUGUAAACUGGUACUGGAAGGACUCUGAGCACUGUUACUUUUUAUUUUCAUAUUGGAUGAAGUUACAAGUCUUCGACUACUGUGUGGGACGUAAAUUUAUUUCAUUUCUUGUAUAUAAAAACAGGGGAAAGUACUUUUUUUGCAUUUGAAAAAUGAAGAGUUGUAACUUUGUUUACGAAAGGCCAAAAAAAAACAAAACUUCUUAACCAAAUUGCAAACCUACCAAAAAUUAUAUAUACCUUGUAGUUGCACCUGAAAUAAUUCAUGUCAUUGCCAUUUUGUGCCUUUCUUGAUGGACUUGGAAAUCUUGAACAAAUUUUUCCUGUUUACAGUGUAAUGUCGGAAGGAAGACUGCGUUCCAAUGCCAUGUUUCUGCAAUGUGAAUGUAUGCCUUUUUAGGAACCUGAAAUUUUUCUUUCUUGAGCAUCUACUGAAUGUAUUAAGUGUUGGGGAGGGGGGGGUUGAGUUUUUUUCUGUUUCAGAGAAUAAAUUUUUGGGAUGACCUUUUUCU